GGGUAAGCUCCUCCUGCGCUCGACCCCCCGCCUCCCUCCUGGCCUUAACUCCUCUCCCUCCCCUUCUACCCCAAACAACAUUUCUGCUGGCGAGAGCCGGCUGCCCAUCUCGCCAGGCAGGGCUGGGGAGGAAUGGAGGAGCUCACGAAGAGGAGCAGAGGCCGUAGAAGCAGCAGCAGGGAGAGGCUGGCUCUUCAGAGCGGUUCUUUUCCCAGCGGAGAGGCCGCCUUUGCCAGCUUCUUCCAGGAGCCCUGCCGAGACUGAGAGCCCCGCUUGGCGUGUGCGCUAGGCGCCCGCCCGCCCCCAAGCAGGAGGCGGCUGCAGAAGGCAGCGAGAAGAGAAGGAAGGCAAGCAAGGGCGUGGGGGAGCCGUGCAAGGGAGCUAGAGAAGAAAACCCUCGAACAAGAGAAAGCAGGAGCUGCUGAAAUGCUGGCCGGGCUGCAAAGGUGAGCCGCCGCCCGGCGGUCCGUCUCCAGCUGCUGGGUACGGGCUGGCGUCGUGUCCCCACGUACAUCCACGCGCGCGCGCCCCCACAUGCAGACACGCGCGCGGGGGGGCGAGCGAGCGGCGGCGGCGGCGGCAGGCGAAGAUGGCAAUGUCUGUGAUCCAAGCCUGCCGCAGUCUGGCUCUCUCAACAUGGCUGCUUUCCUUUUGUUUCGUGCAUCUGCUGUGCCUGGAUUUCACGGUGGCUGAGAAAGAGGAGUGGUACACGGCCUUCGUGAACAUCACCUACCCGGAUCCCGCCGGCGGCGAGCUGCGCACCGAGAAGAGCGAGUGCGGCCGCUACGGGGAACACUCGCCCAAGCAGGAUGCCCGGGGGCAGGUGGUGAUGACCUCGGCGGCCGCCGACAGGCAAGCCUGCGACCCCAACGCCAGGUUCGCCGUGCCGGGAGCCGGCAAGAGCUGGAUCGCGCUCAUCCCCAAAGGGAAUUGCACUUACAAGGAUAAGAUCCGGAACGCCGCUUCCCAGAACGCCUCGGCCGUGGUCAUCUACAACGUGGGCUCCAGCAAUGCCAACGAGACUUUCACCAUGACCCAUGCAGGUGUAGAAGAUGUGGUAGCAAUAAUGAUCCCUGAGCCAAAGGGAAAGGAGAUAGUGAGUCUGCUGGAACGGAAUGUUACUGUGAUGAUGUACAUAACUAUUGGAACCCGUAACCUGCAGAAGUUUGUCAGCCGUACCUCUGUGGUAUUUGUCUCCAUCUCUUUCAUUGUUCUGAUGAUCAUCUCCCUGGCAUGGCUGGUCUUCUACUAUAUUCAGAGGUUCAGAUAUGCAAAUGCCAGAGACAGAAACCAGGCUCAUCUCUCAAAUGUUGCCCAUCGCCGCCUUGGAGAUGCUGCAAAGAAAGCAAUCAGCAAAUUGCAGGUCAGAACAAUAAGGAAAGGAGAUAAGGAAACGGAGUCUGAUUUUGACAACUGCGCUGUUUGUAUUGAAGGUUACAAACCGAAUGAUGUUGUCCGGAUCUUGCCCUGCCGGCAUCUCUUUCACAAAUCUUGUGUAGAUCCAUGGCUGCUAGAUCAUCGCACCUGCCCUAUGUGUAAAAUGAACAUCUUAAAGGCGCUAGGGAUUCCGCCAAAUGCAGAUUGCAUAGAUGACAUACCUCAAGAUUUUGAAGCUUCUAUAGGAGGGCCACCAACCAAUCAGAUUACAGGAGCUAGUGACAUAACUGUGAAUGAAAGCUCUGUAGCUCUGGAUCCUCCUGUCCGGACUGUUGGAGUAUUACAAGUCAUCCAGGAUGCAGAUCCUCUUCCACAAGUUGGGGAAAGUAACCUCACCACAAGCAGUGAGCAGGAGCCAGCAGUCAGUAGCGAUUCAGAUAUUUCACUGAUUAUGGCAAUGGAGGUUGGACUCUCGGAUGUGGAGCUUUCCACUGACCAAGACUGCGAAGAGGUGAAAUCCUGAAAAAUAACAAACCAAAAGACCCCUCCAUGAAACUACAGGGCAGUAGCAGGGAGCGGAAGGAGGAGGAGAAUCAGCUCUGUAAGAUUUGGACCAGUUGUGUACACACGCAUACCCAUACAUACAUGUAUACACACACGUACCCAUUCACACACAUCCAGGACAUUUUGUGAACUCCAGUACACUCCAUUCUGGGAUGGUCGUGAAAAGCAAUAGCAACAGAAGUAUCUGCCUGGAUGCAGUUCAUCAACUUAUGUGUGCCCGUUUCAUUCACAUUGGAAGUUGAACGCGUGUGUUUCCAACACAUGCACCAGAGCAGUUAUGCACCUCCUUGGCGGCUCAUUAACUGUCUAACUGAAAUGACAACUUGAGUGUUUUCUACUUCUCUUCAGGCCCCCCCCCUUUUUUUUGAGCAGGGAAAAAACCACCUCAAGGUGAUUAUUUAUAGCUCAUGAUGGAUGAACGUUUUCUUUCUUCCUCUCAAUGAUCCCAGCUUUUCUCAAGAGUCGAACCCAGAGGUUUUGGGUCUGAAUGCUAUGAUGGGUCACCAGGAUUUACAGUGCUUGGGUUCCAGGAAAAUAUGGUGCUUCGGUGCUGUGUCCCGGCCUGAAGCCUUUUUACAUUUAGGUAUUAAUGGGGCUUGGAGAUCUGUGCUUCCAGGACCUCCCAGACCGGGGAGAAGCUGGCUUCACUGAGGUUGGUGACUUUCUACUUUGGCACUGAGUUACGUUGGCUCCUUUUCCAAGCUUUAUGACUUGUGUGCACGAUACCAAGUGAGAGAGGAGGAGGAGGAUAGUAAUAAUAAUUAUUAUUAAUAAUGGGAUUAAAGGUCAGCGUGUCCUUGCCGCCCUUUGCUAUAUUUUCUAGCAUUACAAACCUUUCAUACCUUAAUGGCCUUCCCUAUAAUUGAUUUUUGUUUUUUAAAAAGUGGAUCUAGUUUCAAAUCAGGUACUUCUUUCAGAUGUCCUUCUGGCCAGCAGAGUGCUGAGCAUGGAGUUCACUGAGAGUAUUUAUGGUUGAUGAAUAGAGAACAGAAACAGUCAAAAGUGGAAGGAAAGGGCUCUGACAUUAUUGCUCACAGUAGGAACUGAGGGAUAGGACAAAAUAGGCAAAUGGACUGAGGAUGUUUCAAACACAAAAAAUGCCUUGAGAAUCACUUUUUAACCCAGUUCAUCAUCACCACUUUAGUUCACAAAUGAAACUCCUUUCUCAUUUACAGGUUCAUUAGAGUUCCCUUCAGUCUGUACAAAAAAAGACGGCUUCCCCCCUCCACUUAGUCCUGAAGAAUUUAUACAAUUUUGUACUAAUAAUACUGAAUGAGGAUAUAAUAAUCUGCUUAGGUAGAACAAGAGUUCCCAACCAUGAAUCCCCAGAUAUUGGACUACAAUUCCCAUCUUGGCCACUGUGGCUAGGGAUGAUGGGAGCUGUAGUCCAACAUCUGGGGAUCAACACUUGGGAAACCCUGAGGAAGAGGAUUUUUGUUCACAUGUACCACUGAAAGUUCAUGGGCACUGAAAUGCCUUCCUGCAUAUCCCUUAGUCAAACAAAAAACUGGGUUAAUAUUCAAAUUCAUAAUUAAGUCAUUCACAAGGGUGUACAGACUGUGGGAGAGAGGCUUAAAGGCACUUUUACCAACACACAUGCUCUGAAAGUGGCUUUUUCGUGCUCCUAGUGUGGAGCAUGAAGUCACCUCACCCCCAGCUUCUAGGGUACUUUAGAUAUGAAUAUGAUGAAAUGAAGAAAAGGGUCUUACUGUAUCUGCUUUUUGAAUCACAACAGCACACCGGCGCUUUCUAAAGUGAAUUCACUGUCAGGGGUUCGCCCUGCCCUCAUGUAUUAUAAAUAUUCCAGGGAGGUGUCAAUUGCUACUGGAAUUCAAGUGAUCGUGCAUUAUGCUGUAACUUCAGAAAAUAUGCUGUUUAUGCUUGGGGCAAUUUUAUAUUUCAGUCAAAAUGUCCAAGUGUAAAGGAAAACUUUUCAGCUUGCUGUCAUAAAAGAGUAAGCUAUUACUUUCUGAUAACAAGAACAGAAAUGUAAAUUACAGUGGGUCGCUAGACUUGACACAGCAGCUUAUGCUAUAACUUCAAUAGAAACAAAACCACUUUUUUCCCCCUUCCCAGCAUUUGAACAGAAUCACUAAUCAGUUUCGACAUAACACCAAAACACGGUUUGGUUCUGUAUGAAUCAGCCCUAAGCUCAUUUGCUCCCUCCUCUGGCCUUCUUAUGCUUUGCUUUCCUUCCUUUUUCUGAUUUAGGUCAUUUCCAUACAGCAAUAAAGUGUGGGAUAGUUGAAGCUUUUGUUCACAUUCUAAGCACAGUCUUACUCCCCAUAUACAUGCUCUUCAGGUUUCAUACUUCUUAAUGCAAUCUUACACUCAUGGCAAGCAGGACCUCCCAUGAUUUUCACAGCACUACCUGCCAGACACUCUUGCAUUCCAAGAAGAACCUGCGCUCUUUCAUUACCACUUUUGUGGCGACUUAGAGUACAAGAACUGGCCAACAGGUGGUGCUGCAAAAACUGCAUGAGGGCCUUGCUUGGCAUUUGUGAAGAGAAUAAGAUUGUGCUAGGGCGCAGAGUGAGCAGCAUGUGUUUGUGGUGUAAGAUCUCAUUUGAAACUUGCACAAAAGCUUUGAAUAUCCCAAACUCUGUUGCCAUGUAAAAGUGACCUUAGUGAAUUUCCCAUUAUAUUCAAACCAGGCAGUGUUAUGGAUUGUGCAAACCAUAGUUUGUACACAAACCAGGAUUAUAAACAGCAGUUUGAACAUCUUCAAACCAUUCUCCUGUCUUAUUUUGAGUGUGGCUUAAAUGAGAGUACCACUUUGAAAGAUUAGGCACCCCCAACUCUUUGAAAUCUCUAAUGGGAAAUAUUAGGACCUUCAGAACAAACUGCAGCCUUCUACCUACUCUGAUAUAGUCCCAUUUAGAUUGACAGUAUGUCAAAAUCGACAUUAUUGGAACAAUCAAAGAUCUGUUGUUACUACUGAUUAAUGCAAAAUUUUGAUUACGAAGAGCCAAUAUUUCAGCUCAAGGUUUCUGUAUCUUUAGUUGAUUUUGCCAAGUAUAACUUAUCAUGUCACAGUGCUGUAAGGAUUUGUACUGUUGUGAUUGCUAGAACUUAUUCAUCUGCUCAGCUAUUAAAGAAGCGAAUAGUUGGCCAUCUCUGGUUUGGAAUACAGUUUCCCCAAUGUUCCAGCAGGUUCGGACCUGUUUGAACAGCAUGUUUCAAAUAAGCCUAUCUUCAGUUUAAAUUAGUUGUUUCCAUGGCAUGUCAGAAACACCAUAUUUAAUUAGAAAGAGGCAAAAGGCUGGUCCCAACCUUGUGGAACCAUCUUGCAAAGGAGUGUCUUUCACAGCUGCAUGGAAGCUAACUGGCACUCUGAUCCUACACUUCUGUGUAGCAUGCACCACCGCAAGUCCAGCAGGAUCCUAAGAAGCAUGUCCAACUUGCUGUGCUGUUUGCUAUCGUUCUAUUAUAACAGCUUGUCACCUGGUAUCCAGCACGCAGGUUUGUGGUGAUGAAAGUUGGCUUCAUGAUGGUCAAAAGGCCUUCAAAAUGGUGUUUGAAUCCCCUUUAGCUUUGCCACUAUCUCUCACCUCCCCCUGGAGCUAUUUCUAUGCUAUAUGAGAGCUUUCUGCACCACUGCUAGGCUAUGUCAAGCAGUGGAAGCUAUUUAGUGGUGCAUGUACUGAUGAUGCCCACAUGGCCAUAUUGGCACAACAUUGUCUUUUGAUGCAAGCGCAACAGCAUGUUUUGUGGUACUGUGCUCCUUGCUCCUCAUCCUGUCUCCUUAUUUGUCACCAUAGCAAAGUGACUUCUUAAAACCUAUCUAAUGCUAACACCGCAUUCAUCCACUUCUGGUUUUCCAAGUGCUGGAUUUAAAUGAAUUGGGUUGUUGUUGUUUUUAUUUUAGUCCCUUUGUUUUUAUCAAGUGUGAAAUUCCCAGAAAGCACAAAUACAGUUAUGAAAACACUGAAACUGGGUUCUCUUAAGUUCCUGCAAGUGCUGCUUCCAGAAUUAGUGAUUAGAAAUUACUGACUAGUCAUUUGUCUCUCACAGAAUGCAGUCUUUUGGCCUGAUCAUGGACAUGGAAUGCAAUAGAAUGGCCCAGAAAAUCGAUUAAGGGAUCCCUUUCACCCCUGGCAGUUUUUCAGAUUCUUCAGCCUAUAGAAGUAUAUACUGCAAAAGCCCCAUAAGGUGUCCUAUACUUAUCAACUAGUUUGACCCAACUGUAGCACAGACAGUUGAGAAAGCAAUGGGAGCAUGAGACAGUCUCCAGGGGCUCCAGUUCCCUCCCCCACCCCCACCCCCACCCCCUAGUCAUAUUCCUGCACCAGGGAACCUGGAAGGAGGCAGCAGCAGUGAUAACAGUGGUAUAAUUUGUGUGUGCUUGUUGUAGUAUUUCGCCAUAUAAAGACUUUUAGAUGAGAACUAAAGCCUUCCUUAAGUCAUAUGAUCUUCAGCCAUUUUAGCAAAUGUAAACAAAACCAUGGUCUGAAAAGAUCCACUCUAAAUUCAAACAUGUCUCCAUCCCUAUCAGUGCUCAGCUCUAGCAGAAAGCAGUAGUGUUAGGUCUAGAGUCUGGUUUAAGUGUGACUUUCCCACAGCACGUAGACUCUUCCCAUUGCCUUGUUGCUAGAGCUGGGGAUAUAGACUGGGUGGCCUCAUAAGUUUGGACAAUUUGAAAAGAGUGUGUGAACCAUCUGAGGUUUUGCCUAAUCUUUGACAGAAGCCUCCUCUUAGGCAUUCCGCCCCCAGCUCACCGCCAGUAUUUCUAUCAUGCCAUCAGUUGUAACUGUCAUUAGAAGCAGUGUCACUGCCACAAUCAGUCACCUAGAGUGUGCCUUUGCCAAGAGAUAAGUACAGCCGGCUGACAGCGGGCACCUCCUCCUAUGGCAGCCUGCCUGGGUCAUUCUGGUGCAUAAUCCCAUGCUGAUGAAGCUGGUGAGAGAGGCACCUUGCUUCUGCUCAGUCCCAGGACUGCUUCUGUUGACAGUGGAGGGAGGGAGUGUUGCAGUUCUGGGAUUACAGUGUACAUGCAUACAUGUCUGAUAUUGCAGAUGUCUGUAUUUAGCGAGUGUGCAGCUCAGUCCUCUGCAUUUUUCCUUAGAAGGUCCCACUGCUCUCAGUAGGACUUACUGCCAAGUAUGCAUGCAUAGAAUUGCGGCCAAAAAAGCUUAGGUACGGAUGGGCUUGGGUACAGCAGGCAGCAGGGUAUAAAAACACAAAACAAUGGACUACUUUAGAAAGGCUGAGCUUUAACAAGGGUUUCUUUUAAUUAGAGCACUUGCAACAAAACAGUUUAGUCCCUUUGUUUUGACAAACUAUUGCCUAAACUAAUUUAUACUUCUGCAACAGUAAGAGCAUGAGAGAAUUUUUAGUCUGGAAUGUCUUGGCAUACCAGAUGGUGUUUAUUGACGUAUUAUAUAGUAAGGUAGAACAGCGCCCUCUAUUGUUUGGAUUCAAGUCUUCAUAUGGCCAUUUUUAAUACAACCAUUGCUUCAGUAAGUGGAAUUUCUGUCAUCAAUAGAAAUGCUGGUUCUUUAGCAACUGAGGAAAAAGUCAUCCACAGUUAUUUUAAAAAACAGUGAAAUGGGAAAUGCCUCAAGGCUAGUAUUAAAGCACUUCAUCCUCAGUAAACUGUUUUCAAAAUAUUAGUGUGGUAGAAAGCAUAUCUUGCAAGGAUGAAUGCAAGGAAGAAAGGACAAAAGAAAAGAAUGUUUGUGUUUCUUAUUUGCUGAUUUUUUGAAUCUUGCCUAAUUUUUUUAAAGGCCGUCAUUCAAUACAAACAUACUUCUUUGCCAUGAAUGUAUGUAUAAGGUUAUUAACAGACAUGAAAUAUCAAAAAUGUUUUGUAACAUGUACAUAGUUUCAUUUUUUUCUUCCUGUUUCCAUGUUAGCAACUUGAUGAGGCUAUAUAACAUUUUAUAAAUAGAAUGAGAUGUAAAGCCUGGGGCGGGGUGGGAGGGAGGGCAGUUAUUUUUAUAGCAAGAUGUUUCUUGUACCUAGUGAGCAUUUUAAAAUGAUUUUGUACUUCUCAAAAUAUACAUUCCAUCCAUUUCCUGAAAAUAUUUAUUUUUAUUUAAAGUAGUUUUUAAAACAAGCAAAAACAUCCAUUUGAUAUGAGCUUCAUCAAUAAAACCAAAAGUAUUUGGUUUACAGUAAUUGCUCCAAAGUUCUCUCCUGCUGUAUCACGUAGGACUGCACACCAUACCAGCAAAUGCCAAUAAAAAUGAGAAAAUUGAAGAAGAAGAAGAAACUUUUACAUAGUGAAAUUAUUUCUCUACAAAAGAAGCAUUUUACAAUGGAAAACAUUUAAAGCAAUUCAUUAUCCUGUUUCUAUUUGCUACAUGUAGGGUGCAUCCUGACAUUCAUAAUCUGAGUGAUAAGCCUGCUGUGGAAGUGCACUCACCAUGUUUUGUUCAUAUGUACAACUUCUCUUAAGGAUCAUGUUCAAGGGAAACCCAUUCUUCCUAUUUGCAGCUAAGGUCACCCAUGCACAGUGCUGAUUGGCUGGCUUCCUGUGGUGCCCUAUGGAACAGGUUUGCAAUGUUUAAAAUGUUGAUUAUGUUGUGUUCUUUUUUUUUUGAGAGAGAAAACCAGGCAGGGAAUUAAUGUUCAACUGAAUGAACGUUACGUAUCGUUCUUUUUAAGAUGAGAAGGUGGACAGGCCACCUGAAACAGGGCUGUCUGGGGCUAGGGGUCUGUUGCCCAGGGCCCUGUGCUGCAGCCCAGCAACACAGACUUUUCUAGCUCCAGCAGUGCCAGAACAACAUUGAUUCAUCAUGGGGAGCCCCAUGAGCUAUUUUUGCCCCUGAGCAUAGCACAAGCUAGAGACGGCUCUGAUCUGAAACAUAGGGGAGAGGCAAGAUGGCACUCAAUGGAAUCAAUGGUCUGUCAUUGGCAUUCAACCUUGGAGAAGCCGCUGCCAGUCUGUGAAGACAAUACUGAGCUAGAUAGACCAAUGGUCUGACUCGGUAUAUGGCAGCUUCCUAUGUUCCUAUUCAGUAUGUGGGAGAAAGCUGGGGCUUACCCCACUGAUGAAAUAUGCACUGCAACUCUUGAGUUUUGGCAUAUCUGUCUGCAUCCUUAGAUUGUAAGAUCCUCAGAGAAGAGGGUCUGUCUCAUGUAAAGUGCCAUGCACACUGAUGGCACUAAGCAUAAGGCUAGAGUCAAUUAUUUUGUUCCUCACCAUCAAAAACCACUUAGGGGAGACCAUUUUUGAGUAGGGCUCCUUAAAAAAAAAAAUCUGUUUCUGCAAACACUCUCUUUGUUUUGAAAGUGGAUCGAAUCCAUUCACUAUGAAUUGGUAGCCUAUUCUUCAUGCUCCACAUUUCACCUUGAUUAGUGAAGUAGCUAUGGGUGCGGGAGGGGGGAUUAAUCAAGAUUACCCAGAGGCAUUUGCUUAGGCAAUUUUUCAAUUUAGUAUUUUUUGCCAGCUGUGAAUGAUAUGCCUACUCAAUGCUGCAGUAGUUUGUGAAGAAUGUGUUUUCCUAAACAUUCUGUACAGUAUUGCAAACUAAAUGUAUUUCAGUCUCUAGUAAAGUUGCUGAUAGCUUAUCUUACAUCUCCCACCCUUUCUUCCAAUGCACUUUAUAUCUCUUGGAAAAUGUGGGAGUCAGACAAUGAUCAUCUUUAAAGGGAUUUGCCUGGAAUUGAAAGGCACAUACAUUGAUUUUUGCUUUAUUGUGUCCUAGCUAUGUUUUACAGCUUAGAGAGUGACUCACUUGGGGAGGGGGGGAGGAUACAGAGAUGCUAAGGUUGAUAUUGGGGGAACACCAUCCAGUAGUACCACAUGGCUAUUUUUGUUAUAUAGAGGACUAUAAUGUAAAUAUGUGAGACUGUGUUAUUAUGUACUAGUAAAUAUUGCAACUGUAAAAGUUAAAGGAUUGUGAAUUCUGAGGAAUUUUAUUGCAAGUUUUUUUAAAUAAAAAAUCAUCUGAU